AUGAAAGUCAAAAGACUCUCCAUUUGCCACAGCGCGCAGGAUAGCAGCAGCGGAUACCUCGUGGAAAAUGAAAACACUUCUCUUUUAUUUGACCCGCCUUCCGUUCUGAUGGACUCUGAUAUAGGCAUAGGAGACAUCGUGGACAGGGGGCACAUCGAAAUUGAAGUGCUCAGAGAGUACCCUGCAAAUGUUUCUGGAAUAUUUCUUUCUAAUAGUGUGUCUUUAUCGGUUUUUUUUGUGGAGAGCAACAUUCCCAUCUACCUCACAGAUGCAAUAUAUGUGCAGCUGAAGGAGAGGCUUAAGUACUAUCUCUCACUGGGCUUAGUCAGCAGAAAAAAAAGAACAGCACAGCCGCACACGAGAAUAGUGGAGAUCUCGCAGUACAAAAAAAUUGCCAGAAGAAUCAGACUUGUCAAAUUCAACCAAAUUGUUCCUUUUACGUACAUGUCCAUUAUACCGCAGCCGGGAGGCGUGUCUUUGGGGUGGGUUAUGUAUCUAAUGGCUCAGGGAAGGGAUAAAAUAUGUGCGUACAUGUAUGGAGUGCCUGGAGGAUGCUCUUUGUCGCAGGAGGUGAAGCCGCAGAAUACAGCUGUGCCUCUCAUUGUGAAUAGAUUUGUGAGCAAAGAUAAGCCUGAUAUUCAGCAACUGACAAAAGAUAUUUCCAAAAUGGCGAGCAGCACAGAUUCAUUUGCAAUUACCAUGGACAUACUCAGCCACUCGGUGGAGAUGGCUUUGCACAUACUGAGUCUCAUUAAAGACAGGAAUGUGCUGGUUUCUCAUCCGGGGUUUAAAAAGACGAUGCAGUUCUACGAAAUCAAGAAAGACCUAUUCUCAAAUAGGUUUGUCUCUGAUCCCACCAUAAUCUCAACUCUGUUCUCCACUGCGCGGUUGAAGCCUCUCAGUCUUGCCAAGAUUCUUAGAGUUCUGAAAAAGGAAAAAACCGUUAUUUUGUGCGACUUUUCUUUCUAUGGGCUGUUCUUUAGAGGCAUGCCUGCACUGCACCUAGAUGACUACUCGGUUCGGUUUAUGGGCGACUUGAAUGACGCACUCUCUCUGGGCUGGACAUCAAAGGUAUUUACAUCUGCAAGACAAAGCAGAACAGACUUGCACAAUGGCAGCACAGAAGUAGCACAGAUUCACACCGAUGCAUACGAGGAUAUAUCAGAGAAUGCGAUGCACAGUAUAAAAAUAUGCAACACAGAGAACAUACAUCGUGUUGGAAGGAAUAACGAGACGAUCUCUCUCCACUUUGCAGGAGUUUUUAAGGAAGAGUCAGCAGGCUUAUUGCUAGAAUGCAAAGAGUCACCGCUAGAAAUGAUUGUGAGCAGCGGGCAGGUGCAGAAGUACAUAAUAAAUGACUCUGUGGUGUACAAUACUAAGGACAAGCUAUUCAAAAUAAAGGAAGAGAACGGGACAGUUGAUGUAAAGAUAGCUAAAAACACCCAAAGAUAG